GCUGAUGUCGUUAUCAAAUUGGGUUACAAAAAUUUAACUAAUCGGGUCUACCUACUUACAAGUUGCUACAUUAGUAGAUUAAAUUGUUUCUUGUAUAAUAAAACUCGUUACAAUCAUUAGCAGCGGUUUAUUGCGUUGUUAGUCUUCAAAAACGUAACAAUGAUACACGGGGAAGGAGAAGUAUUGGUGCCAGCGCAUGUGAACUUUGGUAGAUUCGUUUUGGACCGACUGCGGAGGGCCAACCCGGAUCAGACGUGCUUGCGGAACUGCACGUCCGGUGAGCAGUUGACGUUUAGAGAGUUUACCCAGUAUGCAGUCCGGCUGGGAGCAGCCCUGGCGCAACUGGGAGUGGGGAGGGGGGAUACGGUGGCGUUGGGGGGUGAGCCCCGCGUCACCUUCAUGGCCACCGGGCUGGCGGUUGUGGUGACCGGCGCGGCAUACACGCCUAUCCCCCUCAGUUGUGGAUCAGCAAUCCUGACGCACAAGUUAAAGCUAACAAAGCCAAAGUACUUCAUCUGUACUCGCCUGUUCUGGGAAGCCCACAGCACGACACUGAAGAGUUUGGAUUUCGUCAAAACAUUCAUUUGUUUCGACAACAUUGAAGACAUAAAGUUAUCAGUGCAAGAGUUAGUCUCAAGCCAAAGCCACGUGGAUGUAGAUAAGUUUGAGCCCGCUGUUGUGAAUGGAGACGACGUGGCUGUUGUCUUGUACUCGUCCGGGACUACUGGAAUGUCUAAAGGAGUGGUGAUAACGCACCUCAGCUGUAUUGCGAGGUGUGAUACACAAGGUUGGUAUGGCUUCGAUUCUUUGCAAACAGCCUACUUCGCGGGUGACGACCAGUGCGGUUCUUACGGCAUUUUUCCUGUGUAUACGUUUUGGUGUGCUGGAAAAACUAUGGUCUACUCGGAAGAUGUCGUGGACUUGAAAAUUAUACAAGACUAUAAGGUUGAUGUUAUGCCCACCGUCCCAGCAUUUGCAGAAGAACUUCUCAACUCUAAAGUUGAAUACGACCUGAGUUCACUGAAGAUAAUUUACACUGGAACCGCGCCUCUUCAUCUCUCGACUGCAAAAGCAUUCAAGGAAAGGCAACACGUUCUACAUCGCGCUUACGGAGUUUCGAUUAUCUGGUACUAUAAAUACAACACCUGA